GCCAGGCUAGGUAUAAAUGCAUUAUUCCCCCCAUGCAAAUGUAUUUACAUGAAUACACGUGCUUUAUUCUGAUUAGCUGUGUCAUUUGGGGGCAGAUGUAAUGCGAAGGAGCUCGUGAGCGCGCAGCUGAAACCGCGGGGUCGAGCAGAGAGGGUGAGAGGCGCGUGCAGACUGAGAAUGGUUUGCGGUUAUUUGGGCUUCUGCACAUGAUGACCUUCCUCAUCCUCAUCCUCAUCCUCGCUGAGCAUGGCGGAGUCAGAUGGUGUGGAGUUCUCUGUGAAUCGAGCUCAAAGCAGCAUGGCUAACAACAAGAAUAGCGCGCUCCGUUGUACUUUCUCGGCCCCCAGCCACAGCAACACUCUCCUGAGGGGGUUGUCUGCGUUGCGUGAUCAAGGUCAGUUGCUGGAUGUGGUUCUGGCCAUUGACAACGAGCGCUUCGAGGUUCACAAAGCGGUUUUGGCCUCCUGCAGUGACUACUUCAGAGCCAUGUUUACUGGAGGAAUGAAGGAGUCAAACCAAAAUACCAUAGAGCUAAAAGGUCUUUCAGCCAGAGGACUGAAGCACAUUAUUGAUUUUGCCUACAGUUCUGAGGUCACUUUGGACUUGGACUGCAUUCAGGAUGUUCUUGGUGCUGCUGUCUUCCUGCAGAUGGUGCCUGUGGUGGAGCUUUGUGAGGAGUUCCUGAAAUCAGCCAUGAGUGUUGAGACUUGUCUCAAUAUCGGCCAGAUGGCCACCACUUUUAGCCUCUCGUCCCUUAAACAGUCGGUUGAUGCUUACACGUUCCGUCACUUCCUGCAGAUAGCACAGGAGGAUGAUUUCCUUCACAUUCCAAUGGAACGACUGGUUUUCUUCCUUCAGAGCAACAAGUUGAAGAAUUGUAGUGAGAUCGACUUGUUCUAUGCAGCGAUCCGCUGGCUGCAGCAUGACGGAUCCAGACGAUCUGCAGCCAGCGAAGUGCUCUGCCACGUGCGCUUCCCCCUAAUGCGAUCGUCUGAGCUUGUGGACAGUGUCCAAACGGUCGAUAUCAUGGUGGAGGAUGUGCAGUGUCGAUACUUUCUCCUAGAAGCCUUCAAUUAUCAGAUCCUUCCAUUCCGACAGCACGAAAUGCAAUCACCUCGAACUUCCAUUCGCUCAGACGUUACGUCGCUCAUUACUUUUGGUGGAACACCCUACACCGACAAUGAUCGCACUGUAAGCAGCAAAGUUUACUAUCUGCCCGACAUCACAGUGCGACAGUUCAAAGAGUUGACCGAAAUGGAGAUGGGAUGCAGCCAUGCAUGUGUGUCGGUUCUCGACAAUUUUGUGUACGUCGUGGGUGGGCAGCAUUUGCAAUAUCGCAGUGGAGAGGGCGCAGUUGACAUUUGCUUUCGCUAUGACCCCCAUCUGAACCAGUGGCUUCGAAUCCAACCCAUGCAGGAGAGCCGCAUUCAGUUUCAGCUUAAUGUACUGCAUGGACAACUUUAUGCUACAGGGGGACGCAACAGAUCUGGCAGCUUGUCCUCUGUAGAGUGCUAUUGUCCAAGGAAAAAUGAGUGGACUUAUGUGGAUUCCCUGAAAAGGAGAAUCUGGGGUCACGCCGGAGCUACAUGUGGAGAGAAACUCUACGUCUCUGGAGGUUAUGGGGUGUCUGUGGAGGAUAAGAAGACUCUUCAUUGCUAUGAUCCAGCUUUGGAUCAGUGGGAUUUCAAGUGUCCCAUGAAUGAGCCGAGAGUCCUGCAUGCUAUGAUCAGUGUAAACAACCGUAUUUAUGCUCUCGGUGGCAGAAUGGACCAUGUUGACCGCUGCUUUGAUGUCCUAGCUGUAGAGUAUUACAUUCCAGAGACCGAUCAAUGGACAACAGUCAGUCCAAUGCGUGCUGGUCAGUCGGAGGCUGGCUGCUGCUUGCUGGAUAAAAAGAUAUAUAUAGUUGGAGGAUACAACUGGCACCUAAAUAACGUCACAAGUAUUGUGCAAGUUUAUAAUACAGAGACGGAUGAGUGGGAAAGAGAUCUUCAUUUUCCAGAAUCCUUUGCAGGAAUAGCUUGUACACCUAUUAUACUUCCCCAAACAACCACUCAGCGCUAAGCACAUAUACUUACAUUUGCUUACAUGAUUUAAGGCCUGUUCAUGUUAAUGACAUGAAAGCACAAACAUUCCUGAUGACCCUUUUGAGAAUGUGAAGCAUCUUUCUACACACCACUCAAGCAGUAUGUUGUUUUUGGCCCUUCUUGUAGAUUGCCCCAUUUUAUACUAAUGAGGGUUUCUGACAAGUGCCUGUGGGAUUUGCGUUGACGACAGACUUGAAUGGACCAACAUCAUAUAUAUAUAUAUAUAUAUAUAUAUUACUGGGUAAUAAUGUUUUUAACCUACAUACACUUUUGUUUUCUUUCACAAACUAAGCAAGCACAUUUCAUUAGGCACUUUAAUGUUCAAUCAGUGAUUUAAUGACUUAAAACGGUGCAUUCUCAUGUUUUUACAAGGUAUAUACAGUAUGUCAAAUGACUGGAUCAUGUACAUGGAACUACAGCAC